AUGGUGAUGCGCUCAAAAGACACAGAGUUAGUAGUUAGAGUGCUGUCUUGGUGGAGGGCUUGGAUCAUUCUUAACAAUAACAAAAAAUAUUUUCAGUUGAACCUUCAGACUGGAGAUUUACAAGUAAAUGAGAAACUGUAUUGGGAAGAAUUGUGUGGCUCUGUUGAGCCUUGUGCAUGGAAAUUUCAAGUGGAAGGCCCCCUGGAGAUAGAAAGGCUUAAGCUUCUGAGCAAUGAUGACAACACCCCUGUGUUCCCAGAAGCAGAAAAGAUUUUGAAAUUCAUGGAAAACACUCUUCCAGGAACCAUCUUACCCCUGAAAUAUGCACCAGAUUUGGAUGUAGGCAUCAACGGUAUUCAAAACUACAACAUCUAUCCUAACUUUCAUCUCCACAUUCUUACCCACAAUAGCAGUGACGGCAGAAAAUAUCCCGAGCUGGUACUGGACAAAACCUUAGACAGAGAGGAGCAGCCUGAGCUCAGGUUAACACUAGUGACAAUAGAUGGAGAAACUCCCAAAUCCAGUACUGCCCUAUUCCUCAUUGAUAUUUUGGACACCAAUGCCAACUCCCAACAGUUUUUGCAGCCACUCUACCAGGUGCAGAUCCCAGAAAAUAAUGCCCUGGGAUCCCUUAUUUUCACUGUUUCUGCUAGAAAUUUAUUAGAUACGGGAAUAAAUGGAAAAGUGUCCUAUUCAUUUUUUUUUUCAGGUGAAGAGAUUACUGGGACAUUUGCACUCAAUUAACUCACUGGAGAAAUUAAAGUGAUUGGGAACCUAUAUUUUGAAAAAAUAAGGUCAUAUGAGGUAGAUAGUAAGGGUUCUGAUGGAGCAGGUCUUUCUGGAAAACGCAGUUCUAAUUCAAAUGUGGAUGUAAAUGACAACAUCCCAGAACUGACAGAGGCUUCACGUAUAAAUCACAUUCCAGAAAACGUCUCUGAGAUUACUAAAGAUCUUUUCAGUAUUCAAUACCAAGAUUCUGGAGAAAAUGGAAGGAUGAUUUAUUAGCUCCAGGAAGAUGUUCCUUUCAGACUGAAAUCUUUCGUUGAUAAUUUCUACAAGUUGAUAACAGAAGGAGCACUGGACAGAGAAAGGCAAGCCGAGUACAUCACGGUCACGGACAUGGGUCCUCUCAGGCUGCAGACCCAGCACAUCAUCACAGUGCUGGUGUCCGACGUCAACAACAACGCUCCAGCCUUCCGCCCAAACGCCUACACAAUGCUGGUGCGCGAGAACAACAGCCCCGCCCUGCACAUCGGCAGCAUCAGCACCACCGAUGCCCAGCUCACCUACUCGCUGCUGCCCAAGCACCAGCGACACUUCAAGUUUCUGAAGUCUGUUGACCUCAAACACUAG